AUGCCUGCCGACUCGCCUCACAUCAACCUGUGCAAAUCCGUCAUGUCGGCGGUUGCCCUGGGCUAUCCAGCACCAAUCUUGUUGAACUGGAGGGGCGAGUUCAAUCGUCCUGAAUGGCACUUGGCCGGCAGCCACAUUGCGAAACUCGAGAGCUUUUUAUCCGUCAUCGAGAACAUACUCUCCCUGGCCGAGGGCGAAGAUGGCGAUGUCCACCAAGACGAUGUGGCCCUUCUCGUCGAUGCUUACGACGUUUGGUUCCAGCUGCCUCCCUCGGUGCUCAUUCAACGGUACCACCAACUCAACCGCGAAGCCGACGAGCGAGUGCGGCGUCAGUGGGCCGAUGCCCAAGGCCCUGAAGCAGAUUUCCCUAUCCAACCGCCCAAGCAGUCCAUUGUUGUGACCACAGCCAAGGACUGCCACCCCAAGAGCGAUUCGGGGUCCGAUCCAAACUACUCGCACUGGCCCGAGUCGCCCAUGCCCUCAGACAUGUAUGGCGAUGGCACCGACCAGGUCCUCAGCAUGCCCUUGGAUCCAGCCAGGAAAUUCAAAAAGAUGCGACCGCGAUGCAUAAACAGCGGCAUGGUCAUGGGCACAAUGGGCUCCCUACGCGACGCUCUUAUUCGUGCCAAAGCCAAGGUCGAGAUUGCCGCCCACCGGGGAAGACAGCUCUGGAGCGACCAAGCUCUUCUUGGCGAAGUAAUCGGCGAUCAGGAAAUGUGGCGGGAAUGGAUGCGCAAACUCGGCACCGCUUGGAACGGGACCGCAUCAGAAAACUACCUCUCUCAUCUGCCGCCGGGCGUACGCAACAUUGCCGAGGCCGCCAUCAAGGGUCAACGGUUUGAAUACGGCAUUGGCCUGGACUACAACUUCACUACAAUCCCGCCGACAUGUUCUGCCGAGGAAGACGGCUACUUUGUCAAGCUCAACGACAAGGAGGCACUGGAAAGAGAAUCAGCCAAAGCUGGUGUUCCCAACGGCGAGGUCCGCGUCCAAGGUGUGCCCGGCGAACUCGACCAGGCCGACGUCGGGCCGAAGCAGUUAUCGAGCAUCAAAUGGGGAGAGUCAUCUCUCUACACCGACUUUUUCUUUGGCGUCACGCCCGUGGGCAUCCACCACAACGCCUACGUGAACAAGCUCAAGUCGAGCCGUCUCAAGGAGUGGUGGAGCAAGAUGUGGUUCUACCCGCAACUUCGCACGCUGGUCGCACGAGCCCUCCUCCCGGCGGACUCGACAACCGCCAUACGCCCACUCGCGAGAAUACCGGCAGACAAUGGGGGCCAGGUAACAAAGUACUGGACGCUCAAGUCGGAUCUCCGCAACAAAUUAGUCAAGGUCUUUGAACCAGCCUCUCUGGACGCCAAAUCCGGCGGCUCCUUUACAUCCAUCGAAUGGGAGGGCGUGUGUCAACGGGGUGGCCAAAAGCCCUGGCACGAGGAGCUGUUUGGCGACAAGAAAGGCCCGUGGCAGUUGUAG